AUGGUAGGUGAGUUAACCUAUUUUCUAGGUCUGCAAGUCAAACAAUCAGAAGAUGGAACCUUCAUUUCUCAAAGUAAGUAUGCAAAAAAUCUGGUCAAGAAAUUUGGGAUGGAGUCUGCCAAACACGCCAAAACACCAAUGGGAACCACAGUCAAACUAACCAAGGAUGAAAAUGGAGUUAAAGUAGAUCCAACAUUGUACAGAAGCAUGAUUGGAAGUCUUCUGUAUUUCACAGCCAGUCGUCCUGAUAUAAGCUACAGUGUGGGGGUAUGUGCUCGAUAUCAAGGCGAUCCUAUGGAAUCACAUGUGACAGCUGUAAAGCGAAUCAUUCGUUAUGUAAAUGUUUUUCAUCCGCGUGCAACCAUGGUGAGAACCAGAGGAAGUGGCUCUCGGUCUGUCAAGGCAGUGUCUGGUUCAAUGACUGAUUCUCCAUCCAUCACCAAGAAGAAGGCUCAGAAGAGUACCUUGUCUCAUCCCAUCCACAUUGACGGUUCCAUCACCACGAGCAAAGCCGUGGUCAUUCCGGACCUUGAAGCCCCCAAAGUUUCGUCUGAACCUCCAUCAUUGGCGGCUCUGCUCACCUCUGUCCCUGGGUCUUCCAAAAGGGGACGAGCUUCUCCAUCAGAGGAUGUCUCUGAUCAUGACCGUGAUCGUGACAAACCCCAUUCUGAUUCCUCAGAGUCCCCUGAUGUGCUUGCACCCAAGAAGAAAAGCAAAGGGCCUAAUCCUUCUGAUUCCACGCCAAAGGCUUCGUCUCUUGUGGGUUCCACUCCACGUUCCAAGUUUUGGUUGAAGGUAAAGAAAAUUCCUCCACCUUGUUCUUCUUCUGAAACUGACCUUUCUUCAGAUUGUGUUCCCUCUAAUGAAGAUCCCCUUGAUGACGACCCCUCUCUUGAAGAAAAUGUUGGCUCUGAAGAAGAAUCUGACCCAUCAGAGGACCCUCCUGUUUCACCAAAGGGCAAGAAAUCUGUGAAAAUUCCUGAGAUUCGCACCACUUCUCCUUUGGGUCCCAAACAUUAUGUGCAUCGUGAUUUUAUCUGUGAGAAAAUUUUUUCAUUUUCUGCCCAUCGAGUGUUUGGGGUCAUUAAAAAUAUUGAGGAUCGGGGGUGGUUAGGUUCUUUAACCGGGUUGGAUGGUUUUGUUCCUAGAGUUGUUCAAGAAUUCUAUGCCAAUCUCAAUGAUGAUCUGUUUGAUAGGAAGUCUUUUAUGUUUGGACAAGUUUAUGUCCGAGGGAAUUGGUAUUUGUUUAGCACUGCUGAAAUUGCCAAAGUUCUCAAUUUGCCACCUUCUGUUGACAAUGUUGCUAUGGAUUUCAACAAAGAUAAGGUGCUUUCAGAGUUGGUAGGACAGAAUAUGGUUUGGGAACCUCACUCGGUUCUCAAAGUAACCGACCUUACUCAUUACUAUGUUGUGCUUCACAAAUUUGCCACCAACAACUGGAUUCCCACUACUCAUACCUCCACCAUUACUUUUGACACGACCUUCUUUUUGUACAAAGUCAGAACUGGUCUCCAAGUUGAUCUUGCCUCUCUCAUUUUUGACCAGAUCACUGCCUUAGGAAAUGCCAAAAAGAAAGGCCAAUAUUUGGUGUUUCCACAUUUGAUCUACAAGUUGCUUGAUUCCCAAAAGUCUCUUCGAUUGGAAUAUGAAAUCUUGACUCCUCCCACUACUGGUGCAGACUACAAACUCAAGAAGGAACCAUCAUCCGUUAAGGCAACUAAAGGAAUUGCUCUCAAGGCUGGCGAUGCUGAUUCUGUUGCUACUGAACUCGCUGCUGUCAAGGCCACUCUGGAAUCUGUUCAAACAAAAGUGUUCAGUCUCAAGAGUUGUCUCUCAACCAUGAUGUCUCACUUUGCAGCGGGUCCUUCCAACUGA